AUGUUCUUCCACGCCUAUGUCGCUAGCCCAGGAAGCACUCAGUUCGUCAAGAGCGAGAGGAGUGAACGAUCGGGAUCCGUCAUUGUAACGACGCAGAGACUGAUCUUCAACUUCUACCGGAGAGCCCCAACGGAUCCGACGAGUUACCCCGGCUACGAAGAAGUCGAGUGCAGGGGCGGGAUGGGAGGAAUCUGGAACGUCAUUCCCCGCGGGAUGAUCGACGACAUUGUCUUGAUCAAUGGAGGCAUCUCAGAUGGACAAGGCUCUUCGCACACCCGGAAGACUGUCCAAGUCGGGGGGAAGUUGAUCAUACGAUGUCACGACCUGAGGGAGGUUGCUGUGUUCUUUCCCGACAUGGCCUCGGCGAAGCGAGUCUUCGCUCUCCUGACAUACGACAGAGGGCUCAAGGUUGGUGUUGGUGGAGCCACGAGUUUCUCGGAAGACCUCAAAGGAAACAUCAGCGCUGAGGAAUGGAUCGCUGCAAGACCUCCAUGGUCCUUCAUCACCGAUACGAGCAUGGCGUCCAUCCCUGUGGUCCCAGCAGCACUCGCGGGAGAUUGGAGGGUGACACAUGUGAACUGGAUGUAUCAGACCUGCAAGUCGUAUCCGAGGACACUCCUGGUCCCAUCCUCUGUGACGGAUGAGGAGAUCGGGAGAGCAGCAGCGUUCAGGUCUAAGAAUCGCUUCCCUGUGGUGGAGUUUGUCUACAUCAACGGAGCAUCCAUCUCAAGGGCCUCCCAGCCUAAGAACAAGGAAGACUUGAAGCUGUUGGAAAGUUUGUCGAGAGUGGGAGAGACUCGGCAUUCUCUUGUGGUGUUUGACGCUCGGCCUCCCAUGAGUGCGUACGCCAACUACGCGAAGGGAGGAGGGGUGGAGCGAUACUCCAACAUCGAAGUCUCCUUCCUGGGGAUCGAGAACAUUCAUGCGGUCAGGAGCGCGUUGAGUGAUUUCUUGAAGGAGGAGCUGUCCCUGUCGUCCGUGUGGAUGUCGUCUGUGUCUUCUCUCAUCUCAGGAGCCAAGCAGUGCAGUGAAAAGGUUGCGGCCGGGAAUUCAAUUUUGCUUCACUGUUCGGACGGAUGGGAUCGCACUCCUCAAAUCGCGUCGCUGACUGCGAUCAUAUUGGAUGCAAGCUCAAGGACGGUAGAGGGCUUCUGCGCCCUCAUCGAGCGCUCAUGGGUAUCCUUCGGCCACAAAUUCGAUCAGAGGUAUGGGAGAGAAGAGAGCAAGCGCGAAGAGUCUCCUGUUUUCAUCCAGUUCCUGGAUGCUGUCUGGCAACUGCUAGUCCAGUUCCCAGCUGCAUUUGAGUUCAACGACAAGUUGUUGGAGUUCCUGGCCGACGAGGUUUAUAUCGGAAGGUUCUGCAACUUUCGGUUCAACUGCCAGCAGGAGAGGUUUUGCAACGCUCAGCAAGGAAAGAAUCUCUGUGGUUCAAACCCAUCGGACAACAUUUGGAAUCACAUCAGAAACUUUGAAAAAUCUUUCAAAAAUGCUCGUUACGAAUCCCCCCCGGUCACUUCCCCCCUCUCGCCCAAGGUGCAGAGCGGCGAGCUGUCGGUGUGGUACAGGUGGAGGCUCAGGAACGUUAUUUUCCCUCAAAUCACGUGGUUUUUCCCUCGCGCAGAUAUACCCCGAACCGAUCUGCCUUCUCAUGAGAUGCAAACCCAGCCAGAGAUCAGGGCGUUGGAUGCGUAUUUCGACAGCGAGCCGCUCCUACAAGCCCUCCUCAUCAAGCGAGAAGCUCUGCCGACAUUCUUCCCGUUCCAUGUCCAGUCUGCUGUCCAAGUGCCUCCUUUGGAGUCCGCGAUCAGUCAAGAAGCGCUAGGAGAUUCGUACGAGGUUGUAUUUAGAUAA